GCGUGACAUACGCCUCGUGUACCUCUCUUUGCAUCACUCUCUUCGUCGUUUUCUCCCUGAAACUCUCUCUCUCUCUUCUGUACUUUCCUCGUGUUCUCUUCACUCACAGCACAAUCUUCAUCUUCUCUCUCUCUGUGGAGCAUUCAUUUUCAUUUCUUCUCUCGAACAAGCUCUUUCAGCGGCUAUGUGUAUCUGAAUGGGUGAAAACCACACUCGCCGGAGAAGAUGAAGUAUUCCGGCAAGACCCACCUCCCGCCGCCGGGGGUUUCUUCCAAGACGAUAAACCCAUCGCCGGACGCAGAUCUUCAACCCCUGAACCCAUUUCAUCGCCGGAGGCCGAGAACUCCGGGGACCCGGUUGAGGAGACACGGGCCUCCGGGAGGUAAACGGAGCAGACCCGAAACCCCUUUGCUGAAGUGGAAGAUCGACGAGAGGAAUGACGACGAUCCACCCGAAGAGGAGCAGGAGUCGCCGGCGGUGAAGUUGGGCCGGAGAACUUCCUGGAGUGUGAAGAAGCAGGCUGAGGUGGCAGUGUCGGCGCGGAGGCUUGCUGCUGGGUUGUGGCGGUUGCAUCCGCCGGAGAUGCCAGUGGGAGAUGAUAGCCAGAGACGGUUGGGACUUCGGCAUGGAGGUGGCCACGUAGGCCUCCCGUUUCUCAGUCGUCCAAAUGGCAUGGCUCAUGGUUCUGAUCUGAAGAAUCUAUCUCAUAGUCCUCGUUCCAUCUCCGGGACAAAGAGUGGACACUUCUGUGAGCUUGAGCCAGUCCAGUUUCCCAACACCGAAAUGGAGGGUGCAACGAAGUGGGAUCCUUUAUAUUUAAAGGCACCAGAUGAGGCGCAACAUAUCUACAGCCACAUGAAACUUGUUGACCAAAAGGCAAGUGCUGUAUCUAUUGUAUCUGCUCUGGAAACUGAACUAGAGCAGGCACGUGCACGGAUUCAAGAGCUUGAGAUUGAACACAGUUCCUCCAAAAAGAAACUCGAGCAUUUCCUGAAGAAAGUCAGAGAGGAAAGGGCGCAAUGGAGAAGCAGAGAGCAUGAGAAAAUUCGUGCAUACAUUGAUGAUAUUAAAGCAGAGUUAAAUCGAGAAAGGAAAAGUCGUCAAAGGAUUGAAAUUGUCAAUUCACGGUUGGUAAAUGAGUUGGCAGAUGCCAAACUAUCAGCAAAGCGCUACAUGCAGGACCAUGAGAAAGAAAGGAAGACCAGAGAGUUGAUUGAGGAAGUGUGUGAUGAGCUUGCUAAGGAAAUUGGUGAUGACAAGGCUGAAAUUGAAGCAUUGAAGAGGGAAUCUAUGAAAAUCAGGGAAGAAGUGGACGAUGAGAGAAGGAUGUUACAGAUGGCUGAAGUAUGGCGUGAAGAACGUGUUCAAAUGAAGUUGAUAGAUGCCAAAGUUGCUCUUGAAGACAAGUAUUCGCAGAUGAAUAAACUUGUCGCAGAUUUGGAAGCUUUUCUCAAGUCAAAAAGCAUGAACCCGAACACAAAGGAGAUGAAAGAGGCACAGUCACUUCAACAGGCUGCAGCUGCAAUGAACAUUCAAGACAUCAAAGGAUUUUCUUAUGAACCCCCCAACUCGGAUGAUAUUUUUGCAAUUUUCGAAGAUGCAAAUUUUGGCGAGUCCAACGAGAGGGAGAUUGAACCAUGCGGUUCUCACAGUCCUGCUAGUAGUCAUGCCUCAAAGAUUCACACAGUGAGUCCUGAAGCUGAUGAAAUAAGUAAGGAUGGCAUUCAGAGACGUUCUAAUGUAUUUACGGAUGAUAACGGCGACAUAGAAGGAGAUGAAAGUGGAUGGGAAACUGUGAGCCAUGUUGAGGAUCAAGGCUCAAGUUAUUCACCAGAAGGGAGUGUUGGAUCUUUGAACAGAAAUCACCGGGAGAGUAAUGUCUCUAGGAGGAGUAUACAUGAGUGGGAAGAAAAUGCAGGUGAUGAGACACCAAUAACUGAAAUAAGUGAAGUUUGUGCCAUACCAACUAAGCAAUCAAAGAAGGUUUCAUCCAUCAAGAAGCUUUGGAGGUCAAUGCCAAAUAAUGGGGAUAGUUACAAGAUAAUCUCUGUGGAGGGAAUGGAUGGAAAGCUUUCAAAUGGAAGGUUAUCUAAUGGAAGCAUCAUGUCUCCUGAGCAUGGAUCAGGGAAAGGUGGGUUGAGCCCCCAAGAUCCUCUAUACCAGUUGAGUCCUCGCGAGUCAGGAAGUCCACAUUCACAUCGAGGCAUGAAAGGAUGCAUUCCUCGCGGUGCACUGAAGAAUAGUUUGAAAGCCAAGCUUUUGGAGGCUAGAUUGGAAAGCCAGAGGGUUCAGAUACGCCAUGUUCUUAAACAGAAGAUUUAGAUGGAAGCACAGGCUUAGUAUGGAUUGCCCCCUACUUGUAUAACUGAUGAAUGACUGAAGGAAGCAGUUCAUUUUAGAUUAUGAAGGAAAAAAUAUGCUGCUUCAUGCUUCUGAUAGAAAAACUGCUCAGAAGUAGAUGAAGGGUCAUGAAUAGAUGCACAUUUUCAGUUCUUCAUUAUCAUUCAUGUCAAGCAUUAAGCAGAUACUCUUGUCAUUCCCUUGGGCCAAAUACCUCAAACCAUGAAUAUCUUGGGAAAUAGCUUACCUUGCUUUGUAACCUGUGGUCAUGGAACUUGCUUUAUUAUGUAGGGUCUUAGGAAAAAUUAUGAGAAGCAUGUAAAACUUGUCAGUUCUAGCUAGUCAGGGAACACAUGUCAAACAGGUCAUUAUAAAAUAUAGAUGAUAGCUCCUUUCCCAGA